AUGAAACCCGGCGUCAAUCCAUAUACGGUGUUGGGAAUUGAGCGAGGAUGCACGGAAAAGGAAAUUCAGAAGGCUUAUCGAUUACAGUGCCUCAAAUGGCAUCCGGAUAAGAAUUUGGAUAGAAAAGAAGAAGCUGAACGCCGAUUUAUUGAAGCAAAAGAGGCUUUCGAGUUUCUAUUUGAUAAAACUAAGCGAGAGGAAUAUGACCGGUCGGCUGAAAGGGUCCGAGUGGCCGAGGAAAAGCAUCGAGAACGAAUGGAAAAAGCCGACGGAGCAAGAAGAAAGUUCAUUGAUGAUUUGGAAAAGAGAGAGAAGGCGUUUGCGGAGAGUUUGAAGCGGCCGAAUGGAGGCGCGCCUUUGAAUCCGGCGCAAGAAGCGAAGAAGCGCAAAAUGGAGGAAUUGAGGAUUCGAGAAGAAAUGGAAGAGAUUCGGAAGCAGCUCGAAAAAGAGGCGAAUGAGGAGGUGAAACGGCAAAUGGAACGCGUUCAGAAGGCGCAUUCGACGCACAAAGAAAAAAUUGAUGAAAAUGUGACACCGAAAUUAAUGGUUAAAUGGAAGGCGACGUCUGAUGAAGAUUAUGAUGAAGCAGCACUCAAAAUUAUCUUUGAGCCGUACGGCAAAAUUGCGAAUAUUUCAUCGAUCAUCGUGAAAAAGCAGCGGCGAAAGUGCAUCAUUGAGUUUGUGCACGGCGAAAACGCGUGGGGUGCUGAAACCGAGACGGGCAUUUCGUCAGAAUUGGAAAUUUCCGCUGAAUGGAUCGAUCCGCCGUCGAAACCCGCCUCGAAUAAUCCGAUUAUUGAUUACGAUGGAAUGUCGCUGGAAGAUCUUGAAGCUAGCAUUCUUUAA